CAUCCUCGAUCUCGAUCAGCAUCACCAAAUACGGAAACUAGAUCAUUUAUCAGAGAGGCUGCCGAUGAAAACGACUUUGAAGCUCUCAAGGAAGGUCUUAGUUUUGCUCUUGGUGAUUCGGGAGGUGUAGGAAACUGGCUUCCUGUAGGUUCCGAUUCUAGAUCAGAAAGGUCAGCUUCUCCCUCUAAUGAAAGACAUAGUCAUGAAAUUACUUCCGUUCCUUCUCAAGACAUUCAUCAAGCAGCAUCUGAGUACGGCAAUUAUACGGAUAACAUACCAUUGGAGAACUUGGCACCCUAUUCUGUGCGUACCAAUAGCAACGUUUCACGUGCUACUUCUAAAAGUCUACGUGACGAGAGCCUUAUGGUACCUAUAAUUACACCCACUCGUUCUAACCCAGUCCCAAAUCUUGUUGUCAACGUAAGUCCAGACAAGCUCGAGUCAGGAGAUUAUUUGACUGUGCAACAACUGCAUGUACGAGAUGGUACUGCUUCUCCCACAAAGCUCAGUAGUGUUAUUGCCAGAAUAUCUAACCGAAUAGCUGGAACAGGAGCACAAAGUGCUUCUUCCAAUGCACUGAAAGAUGAUCUAUCAAAGACCAAUCGCCUCAGUGUCAAUGAAAGCGCAUCCGACUACCCUCUAGAGACUCCCAUAUCAAAUAAACUGUUUUUUCAUCACGACAACCUUUCUCGAGUCAGCAACAGAGUCAAUGUUGAAACACCUCGUAUGGCACAUUCUCAUCAUUUUACUGUAGAUGAUGAAGAUGCAACGGAAGAUCUCAACAAGACCUUUGUUUCUGAUGGGUUAGGACUAUAUCUACUGGAAGGACAGCAAAAGGAAGAACUUGACAUAACCAAUAUCAAUCCUCAAACUCCAGGUCUCAUUCAUCAAUGGAGACCACCACAUGAAGCAGCCACACCGUUAAUGCCACAAGGUGACACUGAAGGUAAAAGAUAUUCUUCUAGAAAUUCAUUUAAGGAUGUCAAAUCCAUGUAUUUGUUUGGAAACUCACUUUUGUUUUUUGGACCUGAUUCAAAAACAAGGCGCUAUUGCCAUGGAGUUCUCUCUCAUUACACAACGAAUGUUGUUCUUUUGAUACUGUUGUUGCUACAAGUCGUGUUGUUGGCAUAUAGACAAUGGAACCCCAUCAAGUUGAAUGGAUAUUUUUAUACUGGUUACAAUUGGGCUGACUACGCUUUGAUUGCCAUUAACAUUGUCUACACGUUGGAAGUAGUGGGAAAGGUCAUUGCAUAUGGGUUUGCUGACGAUCAUAUAAUGUUCCAAGAAUUGGGGUUGCGAUACCCGGAAAAUGACCUCAAGGCGAUGUAUUUCAAUUUGACAUAUAUUAAAAGAAUAUUGUCGUGGAUGGGAAUCACAAAGUUAAUCAAAAGAGAAGAUAAGUCUGUUCCAUUACAAAAACCACCUCGCGAGAACAAAGUCAAGUUUAGAGAUGACGACAAUGGAAGUUCAAGUGAUGAUCCUGAUAUCAAAGAAAUAGAUAUCGGUGGACCGAUCAAAACCAACACUGAGGACCACUCGAAUAUAAAUCAUUUAAAGAACAAGUACAAGGAACUUAAUCUGCAUCAUGAAAAUGAUGUCAGAACCUCAGAGAGUGACGAUGAGGACAUUGGACUUAUGGAUGCUAUUGUCUUACCAUCUCAAACUCUUGAAGCUCGCAACACAUUAUUGUUAAGAAAGUCCCAAUCAAUAGAUAAGCUUAACUUGAAGAGAGCCUAUAUUAGAAACAGUUGGCACAGAAUUGACUUCUUGUCCAUGAUCUGCUUCUGGAUAGCAACACUACUUUCAAUCAAUCAUUAUGAUGCUAAACAUCAGAUUAUGAUUUUCAGAGCAUUGAGCUGUCUUCGUAUCUUGAGACUUAUCAAUUUGACAACCGGUACUACUACCAUUCUAAAAGCCUGUAAGAUUGCAAUUCCUCAGUUGAUCGACGUUGCGAUCUUUAUUGCUUGCUUCUGGCUAUUUUUUGGAAUCAUAGGCGUGCAAUCUUUCAAGUCAUCUUUAACAAGACAAUGUGUGUGGACCAAUCCAGAUGACCCAACCGAAACAUACAUUCAAACUGAACAGUUCUGUGGUUCAUGGCUCUCAUUAGAUGGUAAAGCACAACCUUACAUUGAACGAGAUGGACUGCUCUCCCCAGAAAUAAAGGGUUAUAGAUGUCCUGUUAACUCAAGAUGCAUUAGUGGUGAUAAUCCUUACAAUGGUACAGUAAGUUUUGACAACAUCUUUCAAUCGCUUGAGAUGGUCUUCGUUGUUAUUAGUGCCAAUACGUUCACAGAUAUAAUGUACUACACUAUGGAUUCCGACAAUAUGGCAGCUUGUUUGUUUUUCAUUGCAACGAUUUUCAUAAUGACAGUGUGGUUAACAAACGUUUUCAUUGCCGUUAUUGUUGCAUCAUUUAACAUUACCAGAAUGGAGGUUGCUGAAGAGAAGAAGAAAUCGAAGGAUGGCAAGAAGUCCCUCUUUUCGAACAACGAAAAAGAAGCCCUUUACAAAGAGAAACUCCAAAAUCUCAAAAAUCAAAAUGUUUUCUUGAAGUAUUACUACCAGUUCGAAUUUGUAUUCGUUAUACUAAUCAUCGUUGACCUCUUUGUGCAUUGUUUCAGAGAGUAUGGGAUGACUGAUAGAAGACGUCAUACCUUGUAUAGAUUUGAAGCUGCCUUUACUAUUGUUUUCAUGAGUGAAGUGGCACUCAGAUUUUGUUUUCAUUUCCCUAACUGGAGACUAUUCUUUGCGUCUAAGCGGAAUUGUUUUGAUCUAUUAUUGGGUGUAGUAACUUGUGUUAUCAUCCUGGACCCAGUGAAGAACAAAUUAGGACACACAUACUAUUGGCUAACUGUAUUUCAACUCAUGAGAUUUUAUAGAGUGGUUUUGGCAACACGUUUCACGAGAGACCUUUGGCUUAAGAUCAUGGGAAAUGCAAAAGCGUUGUUUGAUUUGACAUUGUUCUUCUUCAUUUUACUUUUCUUGGUUUCAAUAAUUUUGGCCAGAUACUUUGAAGGUGGCAUUCCACCUGAUUCUAUUGAUGAUGUUGACUUUCCAAUGCACACUUUGCCAAAUGCAUUUAUUUCUCUUUACAUUAUCACUUCAACCGAGAACUGGACGGAUAUAUUAUAUUCUCUUCAAGAACACGCCACAACUACUUCGUACAGAGCAUUCGGUGCCAUUUUCUUGAUUGCGUGGUUUAUUUUGUCGAACAUGAUCAUAUUGAAUAUUUUCAUUGCUGUCAUCGCAAAAACCUUGGAAGUUUCAGAGGAAGGCAAAAGAAGAAAACAAUUGCUUCAAUUUAUUGACAACAUGACAGAUCGUCUUCAGAAUAUGGAAACUGACACUGGGUUGCUUACUAAGUUAAAAGAAAAAGUUUUCAAAACUAGAGGCAUGAGAGAUGAAUUGCAAACGGCUGUUGUAAACUUAUUACUAACAGGGACUGCUGUUAAUGAUUUCGUAGAUUCAGAAGAUGGGCAAAUCUCAGACAAUGAAGAAAUUAUGGAAGUCCCCAAUUCCAAAUGGAAACGUUGGGUGAAGACGAGAUCUAAAGGAGGAAGUAACUUGUUGAUGAAUCCUUUUUUUGGGAGAGGCAGAGAAAAGCCAAAGUUUGCAAUUGAUAAUUUUGAUCCCGCCAGGUUUGCAAAGAGUAUUAUGACCGAAAGAAACUUAUUGAUACAUAAUCAGAACAAGUUCUUGAUAGAAAACCCACGGUUCAACUAUGUAUUCUAUGUAAUGGGUCCCCGCCACAGAUUGAGAAGAUUCUGCCAACGUAUGGUAAAGCCAAGUCAUGGGCAAAGAAUCGAUGGGGAAGAACCUUAUGGCCCAGUAUCUGAAACUAUUGUAGUGAUCAUGUUUUUGGCUACUAUUGCGUUAGUUGUUACAGCGUGUUACUUGACCCCUCUCUAUAGAAGAAGGAUGGUAACCUUGCACGGACUUUACAAUUGGAUCUUUUGGCUCGAGGUAGCAUUUAAUGUGUUGUUCACCUCUGAGUUUCUCAUCAAGAUCUUUGCAGAUGGUUUGAUUUUCACUCCUAAUGGAUACAUGAGAUCGUCUUGGAACAUGAUUGAUUUGAGCGUUUUGUUAUCUUUGUGGAUUGAAUUCUUUGCUUUCAUCAGAAACGAUGGUAACCUUUCGAGAAUUGUGAGAGGCAUGAAAGCCAUGAGAGCUUUGAGACUCUUGACCAUAAGUGAGACUGCCAAAGCAAACUUCCAUAAUACUCUUAUUUCAGGGUUUUGGAAGAUCAUUAAUGCUGCAUUGAUUUCUCUCUGUUUACUUUUUCCGUUUUCUAUUUGGGGAUUGAACAUCUUUGCUGGCCGUUUAGGGUACUGCCUCGAUGGUACCUCAAAUAUGCUGUCGUGUUUCAACGAAUACUCAAACACAGUGUUUGAUUGGGAUAUCCUUAGUCCAAAUGUCUAUACAAAUCCACAACUUGAAUUCAAUAGGUUUGGUACUGCAUUCCUGACAUUAUUCGAAAUAGUUUCGUUAGAAGGUUGGGUAGACUUACUCCAGAAUGUGAUGGCCAGUACAGGAGUGGGAACACCCCCAGAAAAGAACGCUACUCCAAUCAAUGGAGUUUUCAUUAUUCUCUUCAAUUUCACGAGUAUCAUCUUCAUUUUGACUUUGUUCGUCUCCGUCAUUAUCAGCAACUAUUCGAAGACCACUGGCAGAGCCUAUUUGACUCAUGAUCAGAUUGCUUGGUAUCAGGUAAAAAAGAUUUUGCUGCAAGUGAAACCAUCCAGAAGAAAAGAUGCCGCACAAUUGUCCUUGUUUAGAAAGUUCUGUUACAAGAUGACCGUAGAAAAGAAUCGCUACUGGAACAUUAUACUAACAAGCGUUUUAUUUUUACAUGUUCUUGCUUUGUUACUUGAAUGUUUCCCAUCUUAUUACACGUUGAACAAUUUCAGAUUUGCCAUUUACACUAUUACAGCGACGUUGUUCACUAUCAAUAUAGUCAUGAAGCUAAUUGCACAAGGUAGGUCCUUUAUUCGGUUCAAGUGGAACAUUUUCAAUAUGGUCGUCUCAAUUGGUGCUUUCAUUACCUCUUUGAUUGGUAUGAAUAUAGACCAGGACAGUGUCUUCAUCAACAUUAACAAGUUAUUCUUGGUGGGUAUGUUGUUCUUCAUUAUUCCUAGAAGUAACAGAUUGAGUCAAUUGUUGAGAUUUGCGUCUGCCAGUUUGCCAGCAUUAUUGUCGUUAUCCUUUACAUGGAUAGUUAUGUUUUUGGUGUUUGCAAUUGCAUUGAACCAAAUCUUUGGUCUAACAAAGAUUGGUCCUAAUGGAAAUGGAAAUUUGAACUUCAGAUCCGUUCCAAAGGCAAUGAUUGUUUUGUUCAGAUGUUGUUUUGGAGAGGGCUGGAACUAUAUCAUGGAAGACUACACAUUGUCUCUGCCUUUCUGUACCACUGCCAACAGUUUGGAUGAUAGUGACUGUGGAAAUAAGCAAUAUGCAUAUAUCCUUUUCAUGGCGUGGAACAUCCUUUCAAUGUAUAUCUUCUUGAAUAUGUUCGUUUCGUUAAUUUUGGAUUCGUUCAGUUAUAUCAACCAUCGUUCGCACUACAGUAAUUUGAUCAAAAGAGACGAGAUUAGAAAGUUCAAGAAGUCGUGGCAGAAAUUCGACCCAGAAGGUACCGGUUAUAUAAAACCAUUUCUUUUGCCGAAGUUGUUGCAUUCUCUUGAUGGUGCCCUUGCAUUUCAUUUCUAUUCCGGCGUCUUAGAGAUUCCAAUAUUGUGCAACCAGUGGUUCACAAGAAACAACAUCAAUGAUCCAUACGAUAUCACCGUUCAUUACGAUGCUAUUGACCAGACAUUAGACUGCAUGGAUAUCCCCAAGAUCAGGGAAAGACGGAAGGCGUAUGAGCGUUUUAUUGAAGAGGCAUUGUUGAACAUGGAACUUAACAAUGACCCUGGCAUUUCCUUCUCGCGGUUGAUUUUGCAAUUACCAUUAUACACAUCGUUUCAAGCUGGUCAGUGUCUUAAUUUGAUUGACUUCUUAGAAAGAAGAUUGUUAGUACAAAAAAUUGAAAAGAGAUUACACAGAAAGAGAGUCUAUGAAACUAUUGCUGCUUAUGCUUGUCGUUGGAAGUAUCAAAAGAAUCAAAGACGUGGAGUUAGAGAUACAGACAUCGCUUUUGACAAGGAGUUACAGAGAAACAGUUACUUGUCUAAUGCAGAAUAUAGUGCCCAUUGGAAGUCGUUGUAUUCAGAUGAUGAGUUUUCUCUUGAUGAAGCUAAGGUGCACAUCCGUGACUUUUCCGACACGAACCAGUUCUUGAAGCCCACUACAGAAAAUGAAGGAGCAGCUAGUGGAGUCUAUGUUCCGAUCUCGAAUAGUAAUCAAACUAGAAAUAGGAGCAGAAGUCCUCUGCGUUCGGUUCAUAGUGAUUCUGAUAGACCAAGAUUAUUUGUCCAUAUACCUAAGGAUACAUCGUCAAGCUUAAAUGAGUCUACGGGAUCUGAGAGAAUACAGAUUUCUCCAUUUUUAAGGGAAUCAGAUGGCGACCAGAAUCUUUCUGUGAUGGAAUUCUCAGAUAUUGGAGAAGCACUAGAAGAGUCAUCCUGGGGAGAAGCUUUACAUCAAGUAUCAAGCAAUGAAAGACGCGGACAUAAUCUUGAAGAUUAG